AUGGGUACCCGUUGUUCCCAUGCAUAUUAUGAGGAUGAGUUUUCCCUAUGCUCCUCCUUCUCUUCCUUUCAAAGAAUAGAAAAUAUCAAACACUCGCUUCCUAUUGAAGCAGAUUCCUUUUGUGCGGGCGCUGUCAACGGCGUCGUUUGCCUCUACAACCAUGACGAUUUAUACAGAAACAUCACAUAUAAUAUCAUACUAUGGAACCCUUUGAUAGAUAGACACCUCAAACUCCCAACCCCACUUUUCUCCUACGAAGAAUUUAGUUACUUUCAUGAAGUAAGACUCGGGUUUGGAUUUGAUUCAAAGAAAAAUGAUUUCAAGGUGGUAAGGAUUUUCUCAUAUUUGGAGGGACUACUACUACUACCAAAGGUUGAGUUGUAUUCACUCAAUGAAGGUGCUUGGAGAGUCAUUGAUUAUGAUGCUUCGCAUGGUUUAUUAAGACAAGAUAUAUUAGACACCACACCUUGUUUUUUCAAUGGGAAUGUGCAUUGGAUUUCUUAUGAUAAAUAUGGAAUAUAUGAUUAUUUAUUGAUCUUCAAUAUGGUGGAGGAAAAGUUCAAGCGAAUGGAGUUGCCAGAUGAGGUCAAUGAAUGUACAUUUUUGGAUGUUUCUGUUAUGAAGAUUGUCUCUCUCUUAUAG